AAAGGUUUCAAAGGAAAAUAUAAAAGGCAGCAAGAUAAGACAGAAGAGGGACCAGUAAAAAAACGAUCGAACGUGUCCAUCGCAGAUGUUGAGACAACAUCAAAGGCUAAGCCAGCGUUUCAGCAAGGUAAAAGUAAAACUUCUCGUGAAUUGGAUUUCUUAAUCGCUAGUUCUCCUCCGACUGUUCCAUUAAGUCAUUCCACUCCUGCUAAAGAACACCAACCCGCUAGAACAUCUGUGAACGUAAGAGUAUCAUGGCCGAGUAAAACUGUUGAAAAACAAUUGCAUCCAGACUUAGAGUCACUAGGGAAAAUGCUGGUCCGUGGUACUUAUAAACAAAUAGCCAAUGCAGCAUGGAACAGCAAACAGAUCAGAAAGCAUCUCACCGUCAACGUCCUAAAACAAAUUGACAAGGAGUGCUCAAAUAUUUGCUCACGGAAAAAUCCUAGUUGUUUAAGAUCCCCUUCAAAGCAGAAAAUGCUGGAUUUUUCAUUUGAGAAAGAGAAUGAAGAGCUGGAAGAGAGAGCACCAUUGUUUUAUUCAGUGUUGGUGGCAGGCAGUUGCAACAGGAAGAAAACUGGAUUCCAGCAGUUGGAAUGGAUGCUUCAGUGCUGCUCAGAAACCGAUCACCAUACAUGA